AAGGAAUUUUUGGUGUAAUUACUGAAGUUACGUUGAAAAUUUUCCCCUUACCUAAAGUAAAACGAUAUGGUUCUAUCAUUUUUCCUACAUUCCAAUGGAAUGAAUAAAUUGUAUAUAAUGAAAUGGAAAGGAUUUCAGGUGAAACUGGUGCUUCAGAGAUUUCACGAAAUUUGAAUUAUUACUGAUGAACUUUUUUCUUCUUCUAACAGUUCCCACCACUGUUGCUUAAGCUAGCUCCACUGGCUAUAAGGGUAAGACGUUCCCAGGCUGCGUGAUCUGAUGCCAUCGUCAACAGUAAUACAAGCCUUUUUUGGUCAACAACAAACAUCUCUUAAUAUCCUCCACUCUCAUUGGACAUGUCUCGCAGCCAUAUAGCGUCGUCGACUGAAUCGCGGCUGUAAGUGGACCCAAGGUAUUUAAAAUCGAGCACUUUCUCAAUCGGCAGUGAGUUUGUAAAAAGAGGCAUUUUAAAGGCUUCUUGUAUAUAAGACGAAAAGAUGAAAAGGCUUUUAUUUAUAUUGACCCAGAGUACAGAUCUCGCUGCAGUUGCUAACGUUUGCAUUUCGUCCUAACUAUUUAUCGCAUAAUUAGGGGAAAGGACGCAACCUUGACGGACUUCAAUUCUUAUUUCGAAGGAUUCUUUCAAUUCCCUAUAUACACGGACCUGCGACUUACGCUGAUAAAAGCAACGUCGCGUUGUUGAAAAUAUUUGAAGCGAUGUUCUAAACAUUUUCUUAACAUGAAUAUCUGGCACAACCGCGCUCCGGUCUGAAUCCAGUUUUAUUAGGACAUUGGCCUUAAGCUUAUGAAUAACAGAUAUUAUUUUUUCUUCCGUCGGGGGCUCGUAGUUGCAAGCAUAUGGUUCAGCGAACGUAUCAUUUAUAUCAGGGGCAACAAAUGGCACUUCAUGGUUAGGUUUGGCCUCAAAGAAUUCCUUCCAUCUUGUGAGGCGAUCCUUAAUAAUCUUAACUGGAGAUCAUUUCACUUCAAUAAUGAUUUCUUUUCCGCCAUGAUGCCGUCAUUAGGAUCUUCUGACAUUCGUGCAUAGACAUUGAUGACCGAGAUAUAGCAGAAUUUAUCUUUAAAGCUUAUAAAUCAUACAUUUACUUACCGGUUUCCACUCAAUCAAGCCAGAAUGGGCAUUUUCAAA